AUGGCUCCUCCCCACGCUGAAAACUUCACUGCUGUGCCCGCCUCUGCUGGUGUUUCUCAACAAUCUCCUCUCUUCAAGGUCCAUUCUUCCAAUGUCGAGUACUCUGAUUCCCACAUUGUGUCCAAGUACGCGUACUCCAACACCAUUGUCAACAAGCAACCUGAUGGUUCGAUGACCGUUGAACCCGUUGAACAAGUCUACCAUUUCAAGACUGAAACCAAGGUUCCUCGUGUUGGUUUGAUGAUGGUUGGCUGGGGUGGCAACAAUGGUACCACUUUGACGGCAUCCGUUCUCGCUCACAAGAACAAGGUUACUUGGCGUACCAAGAAUGGUGAACAUCGUCCCAAUUACUGGGGCUCUGUCACUCAAGCUUCCACUGUACGUCUUGGUGUUACUCCCGAAGGCGAGGAUGUUUAUGUUCCUUUGAACAAGAUGUUGCCUAUGGUGGAUCCUACUGAUAUGGUCAUUGGUGGUUGGGAUAUCUCUGGUAUGAACUUGGGUGAUGCCAUGGAACGUGCUCAGGUCUUGGAGUACGAUAUUCAACGUCAACUCCACAAGGAAAUGUCGACCAUGAAGCCUUUGCCAUCCAUUUACUAUCCCGAUUUCAUUGCUGCCAACCAAGCUGAUCGUGCUGACAACUUGAUUCCUGGUGAUGACAAGCGUAAACAUUGUGAUCAAAUUCGCAAGGACAUCCGUGAUUUCAAGUCCGCCAAUCAACUUGAUAAGGUCAUUGUUGUCUGGACUGCCAACACCGAACGUUACGCUGAAAUCAUUCAAGGCGUCAAUGAUACCGCUGACAACUUUUUGGCUGCUGUCCAAUCUUCUCACCCUGAAGUGGCUCCUUCAUCCAUCUUUGCUUUGGCUUGUAUUGAGGAAAACGUUCCUUUCAUCAAUGGCUCUCCUCAAAACACCUUUGUCCCUGGUCUUAUCCAACUUGCUGAGCGUGAACGUGCUCUUAUCGGUGGUGAUGAUUUCAAGUCGGGUCAAACCAAAUUCAAGUCGGCGAUUGUUGACUUUUUGGUCAAUGCUGGUAUCAAACCUGUGGCUAUCACUUCCUACAACCAUCUUGGUAACAAUGACGGCAAAAACUUGUCCUCUCACAAGCAAUUCCGCUCCAAGGAAAUUUCAAAGUCUACCGUUGUCGAUGAUAUGGUCGCUGCCAACCAAAUCUUGUACAAGGAAGGUGAGCACCCUGAUCACACCGUUGUCAUCAAGUAUGUCCCCUCCGUUGGUGAUUCCAAGCGUGCCCUUGAUGAGUACGAAUGCGACAUCUUCAUGGGUGGUCGUCAAUCCAUUUCGGUCUACAACAUUUGCGAAGACUCUUUCUUGGCUUCUCCUUUGAUCAUUGACUUGGUGGUCCUUUCCGAAUUGUUGACUCGUGUCCAAUACAAGACUGGUGAUAUGACCAAGUUCAGCUCCUUCCACAGCGUCAUGUCCUUGUUGAGCUACAUGCUUAAGGCCCCCAUGGUUUCCCCUGGCACUCCCGUUGUCAAUGCUCUUGGUAGACAACGCUCUGCCAUUGAAAACAUCCUUCGUGCUUGCGUUGGUUUGGCUCCUAACAACGAGAUGGGUUUGGAACACAAGAUCUGGAAGCAAUAG